CGUGGGGGAAUAGGGGCUGGACUGGGUCUUGGUCUGUCUACGUACACAGCAGACGACCACGGGGAGGCUGGAACCACACAGUCACGUCUCCUGCUGAGGGGUGUAGCCGGAAAAAAAGAGAAAGAGAGAGAGAGAAUAGAAAGACAGAGAGCCACGCACGGCUCAGCUGAGGCAAGCAAACGAUUGGAGUAGAAAUCGUGAGAGACAACCGCUGGAAGCGAACAGUGGAAGGGAGGAAGGAAAGAGAAAACAGACAGGACCCAAAUCUGCCAGCGACCACCACCUCCUCUACAUCUCGAUGGUUAGCUGCGCACCCACAUAGACCGAUGACACCCCCCGCCCUCUUCUAAAAAGACAACUAGGGGGGAUGACCGCCUACCGAGAAGGCAGUUGACUAGCGUCGUAACUAAGCGAUGCACCUUCUUUCCAAGAGCGCAAGCUUGAAGCUAUCUUUUAUCCUAACAUAGGCUAUUUGACGAAUGUCAGUGUUGACAUUAUUUCCUAACCGUGUUGUGGUUAUUGACAACGAGGCUCGGUUUGUUUUCGAGACUCUGUAAAGCAAAGUUAUUUUUCUGCUGGACUUGUUUUUUUUCCAGUGCGUCCUGGAUUUCCAUACUUGCAGAAAAACAGAUGAUUAUUUUUGCGACAAGCUAGGCCUAUUUGUAAAGAAAUAUAGCAGUAGAACGAACGGACUCCUUUGGGUGGGUUUUUAUGUCUUUAUUUUCCGUACAGUCUGUUAUAUAUACAUUAUAUUCCAUCGACAAAGGUUCGACAAGCGCCUACUAAACUUGUCUCUUGAAUAGCCACCCUUCUGUAGCCUAUCAACCGUUUGAAACGGAUGUGUGCACAUCAAGAAGAUACUGAGAAGUGACAGUAGAGGAGACAUCCAACGAGGAGAGCCAACAAGGAUACUUACUAUACGUUCGCGUCCAGUGGAGACAAGGCUUUUAUAAAAGUUGCCAUGGUAUCAUUGGACGAGCCUCUGGACCUGAAGCUUCCACAGGCCAAUGGGAGGGUCAGGUUGGGAAAGAGGGCAUGCUCGGCCUCCAUCUGCGCCCCCCUCAGUGCCACACGACAACGUCUGCUACGUAACCUACCAAUGACCUACCCCUCACCACCUCCCUCUCCAGGUACCCCCCUGUACCACCAGGAGAGGGUAGGUUCCUGCACCCCCCCUGCCAUGGACCUGAGUCUCUCCCCAUCCUUCCGACACGCACCCUCCCCCUCUCCCUCCUCCUCCUCCCGCCAUGCACCCUCCCCCUCUGCCUCCCCCUCCUCACCCCUGGACUACCCACCCAGCUGCAGCCCAGCCACACCCAUCUACUCCAGGGAAGCAGCUCUCCCUCGUUACCUGGAAGGCGGUGCUUCUCCGCAGGGCUUCCAGAUCUUCCUGCCAAUCGGGACCACAGGGGCCGGGUUCAACCUGCCCUCCUCCAUGUUCAUUGGUCAGCCCGGGGAGAAGCGGGCGUCACCCGAUCCCUCAUCGGACGAGCAGCUGGCCUGCCAUUGGAUGAAGUGCCACCUGCUGUUUGACUCGUUACAGGACCUGGUGGACCACAUCAAUGACUACCAUGUCAAACCUGAAAAGGAUUCUGGGUACUGCUGCCACUGGGAGGGCUGUGCCCGCAACGGGAGGGGAUUCAACGCCAGGUACAAGAUGUUGAUCCACAUCAGGACUCACACCAAUGAGAAGCCUCACCACUGUCCCACCUGCAACAAGAGCUUUUCUCGCCUGGAGAACCUCAAGAUACACACACGCUCACACACAGGAGAGAAGCCGUACAUCUGUCCGUACGAGGGCUGCAGCAAGCGCUACUCCAACUCCAGCGACCGCUUCAAGCACACGCGCACCCACUACGUGGACAAGCCCUACUACUGCAAGAUGGCUGGCUGCCUUAAACGCUACACCGACCCCAGCUCCCUCCGCAAACACAUCAAGGCCCACGGACACUUCGUCGCGACCCAGGAACAGGCCUCCUCAGCCGGGCUUGGGGUGUUCCUCAAAGGGGGUGGUCUCCACGGAGGUAACAGUGGAGGGGUCUCAGAGAUGGGCUAUGUCGGCGGGGCCCAUAUUAUCAUCCCAGGAGGGGCCGCCAUGGCUUCUCUCCUAGGGGGCCACCAUCUAGGGGCCUCGCUGCCUCUCUCGGCCAUGUGUGGCCCUCUGGAUCUCAGCAGACUAGGUCACCCUGGAGCCUCCUUGUUCUCACUAGGUAGUGGAGGUGGGGGAUUGGGUUGGUGUGAUUCCUCCCUGCUCCCGUUUGGACUCUCGACUGCAUCCGUGUUUGGGUUGGCUUCCAUGGGUCUGGGGCGGCUAGGGAGAGGGGAGAGCAGGAGGGAGGGGGAGGAGGAGGACGGAUGUGAAGAGGAGAGGGAGGAUGAGGUAUUGAAUUUGUCUGCGGGAGGGUACGGAGGGACAGGGGCGGGGCGGGACCUCCCCUCCUGGGUGGUGAUUCAAUCCCCUGGGGCACUGGUGCUCAAACCAGCUGUUGUCAGCUAGGGCCAGGGUGUGUGUGUGCUCAGCUUGGGACACGUGCUCACACACCUGUUGCUACGAUCAAGGGACAGGGUGUGUGUGUAAGUUUGUGUGUGUGUGUUUGUGCCUAAACAAUGCCUCGGAGCUGAAAGUUGGUGUGUGUGGAGGGGGAGGGUUAGGUGCUUUAUAAAAGCUGUGUGGGGGUCAUUCUCCUUUUCAGACAUGAAAAAACUAAUUUCAACACAAAACAGUAACAGCUGGCUGAAGAAAACAACAAGAAAACUAUGGAAAUGUACCUCAAACAUUCCCUAUGGACUUUUCCCAAUGGACUUUUCCCAAUGGACAUCCCUAAUUGACAUUCCCAAAUGAUUUGUGUGGCAACACAGUUGGAUUUAUGUAAUCGCCAUUAUGAUGUAAAGAAGAAGCAGCAGUUAUUGAGAGAAUUGAGGUAAUAUGCUCCUGUGUGUUUUGUUAGUCAUCAUUUGUAUGCAGCACAGACCCUAUGGACUAUAACCGAUAACAGCUACUGUUAGUCUGGAUAGUCACUAUAACAGUGGGUUUUAUAUCAGUGUCUUUAACUAUUAUGGCCACCAGGGGGAGGUAGAGAGUCAGGUAAAUUUUGUCUAAUCUUUCUAGCCUCACAUCAGAACUGAAUUGUUCUGUGUGGACGUUGUCUGUAGCCACAGAUCUUGGGUCAGCGUACCAUCCUUAACCAUUAGAAGAUGCGAAACUGACCUUAGAUCAGUGUCUAGGGCCAACUUUAUUCUCCUUCCUCCCGCCCUACUCAGUCUCUAGACUCACAACAACAAACAGCCUUUAAAAUCCCCUGUAGGGAAUAGGCUCCCAAGGUUACAAGGUAGCCAGUGGAAAUCUGUGGUACACACACUACAGAGCAAACACAGUCUUGUUGAAGCAUGUCGUAUGUCAAACUACAUUCUACAUGCGUCUAUGGGGUGGAUUCUAACUUCCACUUUAGUCAAACAUUGAUGACAAUGGGAGACUAAGUUCAAAUGUAACUGGAAGUUUAGGAUUUGCCUUUGUUAUAUAUAUAUUUUUUUUACACAGGCAGGGCUAGGGGUAGCCUUCACUCAUGUUACCCGGUUACCCUGGGGUCCUCUGAGCUAAGAAUGUGGUAUUUAGUUCCAUUGUCAUGUGACUGCCACCUGCAUAGUUGUAAGGUUGGUUGCCAGGACGACAGAGGUGUGGUUUGGCUAAAAAAGGCUAUGAUGUUUCGCUGACAAUGAACCGCACCUUCCUCUCCCCUCAACCAACCUACUUGACCUGCAGUGGCUUCACACACCUAGGCUGCAUCUGAAAUGACACCCUAUCCCUGUAUAGUAUUCCCUAAAAGGUAGUGCACUGUAAAGGGAAUAGUGUGCCAUUUCAGUCGCAUACCUCAUGCUUUAUGACUGACGAUCAAAUUCAAUAACUUUGAAUGAAUUAAGCUUAAAAUAACCUAUAUCUUGUAUGUUUUUACCCUACAAAUGGAUCAAAUCUGGUGUGGUCCCAACAGCAAACAGCCUUUAAAAUCUCCUGUAGGGAAUAGGCUCCUGAAGUUACAAGGUAAUAAGUGGAAAAAGUUUGUAUAGGUAUGACAUCUCUGUGUCUUUUCAUCACUUCUGCAAACAAGUCAAACACGUUUUAUUUGUCUUUCUGGUUAAGACGAGACGUUUCUGUUGAAUGUUGAAGUUGUUCCUCUCUCUAUCUUAUUUUGUCACUUGGUGACAAUGGGCGCGUCCCAAAUGGCACCCUAUUCCCUAUGUAGUGCGCUACUUUUGACCAGAGCCCUGGUAUAAAAUAAAAAAAAGUAGUGCACUACAUAGGGAACAGGUUGUCAUUUGGGGCGCACACAAAGACAAGGAUCCUAUGUCAGGAUCUACAAACCCAACGAUGACGCAUUAACCCUUUGUGCGACAGACAUUUCUCAAUAAAGCCGACAAACCUCAGAAAAGUAUUAUUUGCUAAUAGCUCAUCCAACUCAAAGGUAGGGAUUGGUAUUUGAUCUGCACAACUCACCUGGCAUCCAGUAUUAUUGGCCAAGUUAGGGAUUUCUAUUUGAUCCAGGUUUUAUUGAUUAGAUAAGUAGACCCAAUCUAAACAGAAGUGUGUGCAUAACUGUGUAGUACUUAUAAUAGCUUCAUUAUUUGUAUUUAUGCACAGACAAAUCACUCAAAAUAAUACUUAGUCGUUGUUGUAAGUACAAUGUAACAACGUGCAACUCGACCAUGCCAGUAGAAUUUAAAUGUAGUUACAAACCAGGAACUGUAAGAUUGAUUGGGAAAAACCCGAGACUUCAGGUUCCCAUAUUGAGGUAACACAGAAACUACAAAUAGGACAGAGGUGAAUGUACAUAUGAAGUCUACAUAUGCACAAAGGGUUAACAUGACACUAUGGCCUCCCUGUUGCAGGCCAGCAUCUGAUAUAAUUUCUUAUCCUCGUUUGCACAUUAAGAUUUGCAAUUAUUAUGAUGUAUUUUUUUAUGUUUCCAAGUGCCUGGUAUGUAUCAUAAGUGAAAUAUACUGAAAAUACACACAGCACAUUCAAUGAAGUACAGGUACAUGUAAUGCAAAUGUAUAAAUGUAGGUAUUUGUUCCAAAGGGUCAACGCUUUACAUGACUGACUGUUUAGAGUUGACAAAAGGUGUGAUUGGUGACAUCAUAGCAUUGUGUGCUUUCAGUUUUUUUUACGAGGACUGUUAAACGGAAUGUGUCGUUAAUGACGAAGACGUGACGUUAAUAAACAAAGACAAACAAAUGAAGUGGCA